GUCGGUCAACACACAUUUCGUACUCACAGCAUUUACGUUGAUGAAUGAAUGGAUGGAUGCAGUGAGUGCCAUACCAUCCGCCACGCCGAAGGAAGAAGUGUACAAACAACACACAGUCACCGCACCGGAAGUGCACUCCCUCACUCCCUCCCCUCUGGGCUCGGCUCAUCCCCCCAUCAAAAACAUGACGACAAGACUGGCUUGACAAACACAAACGAACAUUCCUUCACCAAAGCCGCUCACACCACACACACCACACCCAUCACGGUAGGUAUCUAUCUGGUCAGCUGGCCCCGAGCAGCCUCAGCGCCUCCUUCAGAUUCUCAAUCGCCGUCGGCACGUCACGGAACGACAACGCUGCACACACACACAUCAUGCGAAAAACAUACAUUCACACGCGCACCAUCCCUCGCCCCCCAAGUCAUUGCUCACCACUGGCAGCGUACUGGGCCUUCUUCUGUGCGUCCUGCAUAGCCUUGGCAGACAGGUGCCCCGCCGGGCCGGUGGCAGCAGGGACUGCCGGUGCCGACACAUUGCUCGAGUCGCUGGGAGGGGGCAGCGGCGCAGAUGCGGGCGGCACCACCGACGGCUCGCUGGUCGAUGAGGGGGGGCUGAUGCUGGAGGGGGCGGGGGGGAAGGAGGGGGACGCCUGCUGCUGAGUUGGCGGUGGUUGCUGCGGCAUGGCUGGUGGUGGUAGUGGGUGUGUGGGCGCCCCCGGCAUGUGUUGGUCGUCUGCCUGCUCCAUCGGCGGGCCUGGGUCGGGUGUGCGGCCCUCGGCGAGGCACUUGCGGAUGUAAGUCGCCUUGUACUUGGCAUAACGCCUGCAGCCCAGCCCAACGAACACUUAACGAUGGAAGCGAUGCAUCCUUUGGAUCCAUUUCUACCGUUUUUCUUCCAGGUCGGGAGCCAGCUCGCCGAACUGUGUGAGGACGUCCAAGAAGAGGACGGCCACUGUGAACUUGCGGACGGUGUUGUCUGUGAUCGGACCGCGACGAUCCUCGCCGUCGGCAGCCUCAAACACACCUGGACAUGCACACAGGCAGCAGAUAGAUAGGCAGACAGCCACGCGCGUGUGUGCGUGGGUGGUGUGUGUGUACCGAUUGCGAAUGUUUCCAUCUCUCGUUGUCCGUUAGAAGUGUCGAUGCGCGGCUUGAGCUUCUCGGCCGCCUCUAUCUCCUGCAGCAACAUAUUCGUUAACUCUGCACAAGGGCAACCAGCCAGCCAGCCAGCCAGCCAGCCAGCCAGACAGACAGACGGUAGCAUUUUCGACAGCUCGCUCCCCCUGUGGCAUCGUCACCCACCUCGUUUGUCGCCCUGUGCCUUCCUGAGUUUGCCGAGCUGAUCCGCCACAUACAGAUGGCAAUAGAAGGACACUGAGAGCAGGCAAGAACAGCCACACACACAAACAGCGGUGCAUUGACCUGUUACCCUUCAGUCGUUUCCAUCGCCUCUUACCGAGAGGAGCAUGCUGCACACACACACAACAGAACACGAUGCACACACGGCACACCAAGAGAUGAGGCUGGUGGUCAUUCAGCGGCGGUUCGCCUGUUGCGUCUGUGUGAGUGUGUGUGUACCUGCACGAGCUCCUUGGCCCUGUUGACGUACGGCAGCAGAUGCUUCGCCUCUGGCGGCACAGACGACAUCCGGGGCAGCGAAAAUCGACACCAAUGUCCAGAUCACGGCGAUGUACACGCCCUAGGGACGAGGACACCUAACUCGUCA